GUGGUGUGACUUGGGAAAACAAACUGCAGGCACUCUACGAUACUUCCUCACCCCGCGUCGGUUGAGUUUGCCCGCGGCUCCCCGUCAGCUGGUCGUGCGUAAUUUCCCCGAGAGUCGAGUUGCGCUUCUUUUUUUUUGUUGUUGUUCCGUCUCCUCCCGUUUUGCGCGCUGGUUUAUUGCGCACCGGGAAACGUCUCCGGCCAGACGCACUUUGACUAUUACCUACAUAUAUAUAUAUAUAUAUAUAUAUAUAUAUACAUAUAUAUAUUUUUUGUAAUCAAAUGGGGGGAGCGGACUGCGCCAGUGGGACCUCGCGGUCUGCACUUUGAACGGGCAGCGCCUUGAGGAGCCUCGAGGAGCCGUCAUGUGCUCUCAGUGACAGCGGCGGUGCGGUGCGAGAGGAAACAACACACGCUGACGAACAUGAGCGGCGGUGAAAUCAUCUUCCAGGGCUGGCUGAGGAAGUCCCCGCCGGAGAAAAAGCUCAGAAGAUAUGCUUGGAAGAAACGCUGGUUCAUACUGCGCAGUGGCCGCAUGAGCGGUGACCCCGAUGUCCUCGAGUACUACAAGAACGACCACUCCAAGAAGCCCAUCCGGGUCAUCGACCUGCACUGCUGCGAGCAGGUGGAUGCCGGCCUGACCUUCAAAAGGAAGGAGUUCCAGGACAGCUUUGUGUUUGACAUCAAGACCUCGGACCGCACUUUUUAUCUCGUAGCCGAGACGGAGGAGGAGAUGAACAAGUGGGUCCGCUCCAUCUGCCAGCUGUGUGGGUUCAACCAGUCGGACGACAACCACGAUGGCAGGUUGCACCAUAUGCCCCGUUCUGUCGGAGCAGAUGUCACCGGCUCGAUGGCUCCGCUGACCGGAGAACGCAAGUCCUCUGCCCCCAUCCACUCCAGCCAGCCCGUCCUCUUCACCUUUGAUGUGCCUGUUCGCCACACACACCACAGCUCGCUGCCCAACAGUGCACCCCAGGACUACCUCCUCCUCCACCAGUGCAUGAGCAGGAAGACGGAGAGUGCACGGAGUGCCAGUUUCUCCCAGGCCACGCGAAGCAAUCUGUUUUUGGGGAGCGACUCGGCGGCGCAGAAACUCUCCCAUGGCUUUUCCCACUGCCUCAACGGCAUGGGCGCCCAGUUGCACGGCUUCUACAGCCUGCCCAAACCAGGCAAACACCAGUUACCGGGGCUCGACGACUCCCCGCCGGAGGCCUGCUACGUGCUUCCGCGAGGUUUCAGCUCCGAGGCGCCGGCUCACAGCGCCCUGGGCGACCCGGAUCUGGAGAACGAAGAGGAGGUUUACACGUUCAACACGCCCUGCAACGCCCUCGCCACCUUGCACAGCAACGAACGGCCGACUGACAAUUACGACCUUCCCACGCCGCCCGGCUCCUUCUACCAGAUCCCCCGGACGUUCGAUAAGAAUCACAAUGCCUUGACCUCCUCCAACUCUGAGUCUUCCAGUGCUCCUCCUCCCAGGCCCCCUAAACCCAGCCAGGGUUCAGAGGGGCAGUGGGGGAGUCCCCAGUCGGUGGGGAGCCAGAACGGAGACGUGGAGCCCGCCGUGUCGGUUAUCCCACGCAGGAAUACUCUCCCCGCUGUGGAGAACAUCCGGCUGCACAGAGGCUCCUCCUUUGAAACCAACAGCCAUCACCGUCCCAUCCACUUCAACAACUCGGGCCAGUCUGUGGAGUCUGUGAAUGAUGGGUUCAGCUCCUACCUGAGAACUAAAGCGCCGCUGACUCGCUCAGACAGCGGCAACUCGGAUGACAACUAUGUGCCCAUGAAUCCCGGCUCCUCGCCGCUCAGCGCUGCCCAGGCUGACAGCCCUAAAAAUAUCUACAUCCCUAUGAGCCCCGGGCCACAUCACUUUGAUUUCCCGGGAUUCUCUGCAACGUUACCUGCCCGCAAGGGGAGCAGCGCCUCCCUGUGUCACCGGCCCAGCCGCCUCAGUGAUGUCACACCACCACCCAUCAACCGCAACCUCAAACCGAACAGAAAAUCGAAGCCAACACCUCUGGAUUUGAAGCACAAUGGGAUCAUUGAUGAGCUGCCAUUUAAGAGCCCAGUCACAAUGUCCUGGUCACGGCCCAUGCCUGCUAUGAACUCCAUGUCGUCCCAGCAUUGUCGACCCAUCUCCACGCAAAGCAUCACCAGCACAGACUCCGCAGACAGCGAGGAGAAUUAUGUGGCUAUGAACCCAGCGUCUACCUCCCCAGCCGUGAGCGGCACCAGCAGCCCGGCCCCCAGGAAGUGUGGCAACGUGGACUACCUAGCGCUGGACUUCCAGCCUGGGUCGCCCAGUCCACACAGAAAACCGUCUACAUCGUCCGUGACCUCUGACGAGAAGGUGGACUACGUGCAAGUUGACAAGGAGAAGACCCAGGCACUGCAAAGCACCAUGCAAGAGUGGACCGAUGUGCGGCAGUCUACUGAACCUGCCAAGGGCGUCAAGUCCUGACACGAACCUGCGCAAAACAAUGACCUUCAGUCCAACCAACCUGAACUCGAGCAUCUCUAGUGUCUAUCAUCGCUAUGAAUACUGGUUGGGCUUCAUUUAAGACUGAGUUAUUUGGACAAAAAGCCAUAACCUAUCCUAUGCCUGUUCUCUGUGAUGAUUUUUACUGCAAUGCACUGCUAACGUGCAGGAUAUCAGGCCAUAUACAGGUGAAGCGUCCUGCCAAAGCUCCUCGUGCAGACUGUUUCAUAGCAGUCCGUGGACAAUUGAUAUCUCCUUACUUAUCAAUUCAUCCUUUAUGAAGCAAGCGUGUUCUCCUCAGCUGCCCCCCCACCCCCUGCCCCCUCUGCAGCAGUCAAACAUUUUGCAUCAAGCAGGUCAUUUGCCCAAUUGCUGCCAUUUAAAGGGGCAGCAGAGGCUAACUGGUCGAUAACCAUAUUAAUAUACUGUAAGAGUACGCUCACUGGUCUCAGGAUUGCCAAGAUGCACUCCAAUUUUGGCAUGCAGGCUGACUCUUUUUCACUUCAAUCUAUCAUUUGUGCUGAACCUUGCAGAAGCAGUGAGGAGAUUAUUUUCACUGCCGGCAAUCAUUUCAGCUUAGCAGUGCAUGUCUGGUAAGAGGAGGGGGGAGAGGGGGGAGGGGGGGCAGCCUUACAACUACGGAAAGGCUUGUGUCAGAAGCCCUAAUGAUGACUGCAGAUGGCUGAUGCCUCGGUUUCAAUUAAGUAUGAGCGCAAAACAUAUUUAAAAGCUGUCGGGCUGGAUGGCAGGCCAAUUAUUUCAAGUCGGGAGCGUCUUCAGAAUGAAGAAAGCAAGGCCGACGAAAAGGAGAUGAAGGAGAAGAAAGAGCAUCUUGCAUCUUUGUUGGUUUAACUUUAGUGGGCCAUUUUACUUCAGCCAGUCUUCAAAUACAUUUCAUUAAAAAUUAUUGAGUUGGAGGACGUAGAAACCGAACAGGGGGUGUCCUUUCCAAGAAGUUCAGAUAACCCCUCGCUCAUCUGUCCCUAGAGAUAAAUAAAGGAAAGCCAUGAAUACAAGCAAAGGAGAAUAGCAUAAUUAUGCUUUCCUGAUGUAUGUCUUUGGUCUUUGAUACACUACAGCUAUCUGUCACCGGAGAGUAAUUGUUUUCUGUGUGUAAAUUAUUAAUAGAAUGACAUAUUUGCAGCACAUCUUGUUGACUGUUUGUUGCACUUGUCUGAGACAAAAUGUGCACUACAGUAAUGUAACAAUGUGCUUGCUUUUCUUGCAAAGGCACCGUGCCACAAUGAAGAUUUGCCAGUGAUCCUAGUCACUUAACAAUAGUUUAGGAAAGAAUGUUUUUAUCUUUCUAAACUCUUUUAUUUGUUUAAUUUGCCUUACAUUGUUAUUUAAAUUUUGCCUUUUUAUAAAUUCAAUUAAUUCACAAUAUUGUGAGAGCCAUAUUGUAUUUCGGACAGCUGAAUGAACAGUUUCUAGUUAAAAGUCCAGUAUUCCAUUGUGGGCCGGAACCACUAAAGGGCGAAUAACUAUUUGACCUUUCUAUGAAUUGUGUGGCCAUGCAGUGAGAUGGUAUUAUAGAUUAUUUCAUUAAGAUUUACUUCUUAAUGUUUUUCUACCAUUUUUACUGCUUUUUGUAUUCUUUUUAUCAUUAUUUUUUACUGAAAUGUGUAAGCAGGUAAUAUUCAUGAGGAUGGGGUGAGGCUAAAUUAAGCUACGUUUGUUACAGCCUGUAUUCAAUUCUUUUUCUAUAUAGAUUUUUUUUUAUUCCCUAAAACUGCAUUUUUAUAAUCUAUACAUGAAAUGGGGAGGCUGGCAGCUGGAGUUGCACUGGCAAACGCCCUUUUCGGGCGAACUGUGAUUCACAAAGAGUGAGAGGGGGAAAAGAGAAAACUGAAGAAAAAUCUGUCAGCCUCUGAAGUGAAGUGGACGUGUAAUUUAUUAUCUAGAUACCCGUUGUAAGCAGGACAGCUGUGUACGUGUCGUGGUAGAUUGUAAGUGGUAGUUUGUUAAAUGGCAGCCUGACGUGGCGGGAUUGAAAAGACUGCUCUGAUUUGCUGUCACACUGUCACUGGGCUGACGUACUGUACUACUAGUGAUCAUUUCGUAAACCACUGUUAUUGCUACUGUUGUAAACCAUUUGCUGAUUGCUUGUGUGUUAAUUUAUUAAUUUAUUGUGCAUUUUGCAGUUGCUAUUUGUAAAAAGGAAAGAAAACAACUAUCAAACAUGGAAAACCUUCUCUCUACUAACAUUGAUGUGUGCAAACUGUGUCGAUUUUGUGAAGCAAUAUGACAGACGAUGCCAGUGCGAUGGCGAUGUGGUACAGUUCAUUUGGGAUACACAAUAAUACAAGACUUUGCUAUGCCUGUAUCAUGGUAAACGUAAACUGUGGACAUGGAAUGAGUCAAGAAGUGAAAGUUUGGUGUUACAGUUCCUCUUUAAAUAAAACGCAAAACACUGUAUCCUGGCGAGCAGUUUGUCCCUGUCCUGCACAUUCUAGAUUGGUGCUGUGAUGUUGAAGUCUGCUGCCCCCUGUUGUGUCGCACAGCAGCUGCAGCCAUUGCUAAAGAUAAAUAACAUUAGUAACUUGAUACAUACACAAGAGGUUUCAGUCAGGAGUUAUGCCUGCACAUAGAGGGGUUUUCUGACCAGACAUUUACAAAUUUGCAAAGCCCCCCCCCCCCCCCUCCACACACACAUACACACAAUUGAAAUUCUUCAAGACAUGUGACCAAGUUAAAAAAUUAUGAAUUUAAUGUAUUAUUUCUUCAAUAUAGCCAAUGCAAUGGGUUUCUCCUGGAUCUGUUAAAAUGGUGUGCUUGUUGAAUGAAUGUCAUUGUACUUCAUGAUGUGACUUAAUUUCCUGUAAUGGCAGAUGACUAAAAUGUUGUUGACCUAUUAAUACAAUAAAAUUGACUAAUCGGCUAAAAAUGUCUAUGUCAAUGACAGAUUGACCAUGUGACCAAGAGGGGGAGCUGAAAAAUAAAUUGUGCAACGGAAAU